CGCGCCGCAGCCCGGAGAGUCAGAAAGGCGAGGGGCGCCGGGAGCAGGCGUGUGGGACUCCAGACCCGAGAGCCGGAGGCUGCGCCUUCCCCGCACCGGGACCUUCGAGACACAUCAGAUCCUCGUCCCUGCCCCGCGCGAGCGCCCAGGAUGACCACCACCCUCGUGUCUGCCACCAUCUUCGACUUGAGCGAAGUUUUAUGCAAGGGUAACAAGAUGCUCAACUACAGUACUCCCAGUGCAGGGGGCUGCCUGCUGGACAGGAAGGCGGUGGGCACCCCGGCCGGUGGGGGCUUCCCCCGGAGGCACUCGGUCACUCUGCCCAGCUCCAAGUUUCACCAGAACCAGCUCCUCAGCAGCCUCAAGGGUGAGCCAGCCCCAGCUCUGAGCUCUCGGGACAGCCGCUUCCGAGACCGCUCUUUCUCAGAAGGGGGCGAGAGGCUGCUGCCCACCCAGAAGCAGCCAGGGAGCGGCCAGGUCAACUCCAGCCGCUACAAGACGGAGCUGUGCCGCCCCUUCGAGGAGAACGGUGCCUGUAAGUACGGGGACAAGUGCCAGUUUGCGCACGGCAUCCAUGAGCUCCGAAGCCUGACCCGCCACCCCAAGUACAAGACGGAGCUGUGCCGCACCUUCCACACCAUCGGCUUCUGCCCCUACGGGCCCCGCUGCCACUUCAUCCACAACGCCGAGGAGCGCCGCGCCCUGGCGGGGGCCCGGGACCUCUCCGCUGACCGUCCCCGCCUCCAGCAUAGCUUUAGCUUUGCUGGGUUUCCCAGUGCCGCUGCCACCGCUGCUGCCACGGGGCUGCUGGACAGCCCCACGUCCAUCACCCCACCCCCCAUCCUGAGUGCAGACGACCUCCUGGGCUCACCCACCCUGCCUGAUGGCACCAAUAACCCCUUUGCCUUCUCCAGCCAGGAGCUGGCCAGCCUCUUUGCCCCUAGCAUGGGGCUGCCCGGGGGUGGCUCCCCAACCACCUUCCUCUUCCGGCCCAUGUCCGAGUCUCCCCACAUGUUUGACUCUCCCCCGAGCCCUCAGGAUUCGCUCUCGGACCAGGAGGGCUAUCUGAGCAGCUCCAGCAGCAGCCACAGUGGCUCAGACUCCCCCACUUUGGACAACUCAAGACGCCUGCCCAUUUUCAGCAGACUUUCCAUCUCAGAUGACUAAAGCAGGGUAGGGAGGGACCCCCUGCCUACUCUACCCCCACCCCACACCCCCUCCUCUCCCCCC